AUGACCCAUGGAGGUCGCUGCGAGUCUUGCUUUGUUAAUAAUGAUGGCGAGAAUGUAACCCAAUUAGUUGGACCUGCACAAGGCAAUUCUACUAUGUUUGCUGAUGGUUUGGAUGUAGAUCCUGACACUGGAAUCGUUUAUUUUACCGUAGCUAGCACUAACUUCCAACUCAAGGAUUACCAAACACUGCUAACUAGUGGAGAUAGUUCGGGAAGCUUAUUGAGAUAUGAUCCUAGCACGAAUCAAACGACAGUGUUGCUAAGCAAUCUUGCUAUGCCAUCUGGUGUGGCAGUAAGUAGAGAUGGCUCAUUUGUACUUAUAAGUGAGUUUCUAUCAAACAGAAUUCGAAGAGUGUGGCUGAAAGGACCAAGAGCGAAUUCAUCAGAACUAUUCAUGCUACUUAUUGGAAGACCAAAUAACAUCAAGAGGAAUUCGGGAGGCCAAUUUUGGAUUUCAGUGCAUAGUGUUUUAGGAUUAGGACUGCCAAUAUCUCCAAGGCGUACAACUUUGCCUCGCGGAGUCAGAGUGUCUGAGAAUCGUUUAAUUUUACAAAUUGCAUCUCUUACUGCUGAGUAUGGUACUGAACCAGCUAGUGAGGUUCAAGAGUACAAUGGAAAACUCUAUGCUGGCUCCCUGACAUUGUUCAAACGCGAUGAGGUUCCUAAGAACACAUUCAGUUGCUUGGUCUACUUUCAAAUGCGGGAUAUGUAACUUAGAUUCGACAAA